GACACAACAAACGGAGAAGGAAGAUCUGCCCUGCCCAUCCAGCACCGUGCUUUCAGGCUUGUGUUUUUUAGCUGCAACCCCACCCCGUUGCUGGUGGAGAAGGGAUCGGUUCCCACUGAUCGCAGGAAAGGGAGGUCACGGGCUUUGCUUGAUUAAAUCACCACAAGCCAAAAGGUGCUCUCUCUCUCGCUGACUGAGAACUGCUCGCAGGCUGUUUAAUUUGUUCCAAAAAGAAAAGCAAAACAAAAAACAAACACCGAACCCAACAACCAACAGCCUGCACGGAAAAGCAGGUGUGUCUCCAGCUCCUGGGAAAACAAAGGGCAGAGACUAAAGCAGAAGUUGACACUUGGAUGGGAAUUUACCUUCCCAGCACAGGAGGACAAGUUUGGAAGAAACUCGGUCACGACCAGCACUCGUUGUCUUACAGAUCAGUAUCCAGGUGAAGUCUCACCACAGAUAAACCUCUCGAAGAACCACCUUUGAGGAGAAACCCUGACAAAUCCCAGCUGGACACCCGUGUUGGUCACAUCAAGUGUAUUACUUGGCUGUUAGCUCAUUGCUGUCAUUUGUACAUUAACGAGGCUGUACAGAAAGUCACUGGGCAAAAUGCUGUCCCUGCUUACUGCAGGUCUGCACUGCCUGUUUCUGCUGGGCACAGCAUGGUGUCAAGCAUCGCAGGACUCAAACUUUGAGCCAUUCAUCCAAUAUGUGAUUGACAGUGCACUAGGAGAGGAAAGCUUCCACUCAGAGAUGCAAAGGCAGAAGCGAAACAUGCUUAUUUUUGACCUUCCCCCUGUGGAGUACACUGUUGACAUUGAAGUAAGCCUUAUGGAUUCCUCUUUUCUGGAGCAGGUCAAAGAGUAUUUAAAAAAACUUCAUCUUCUAGUUCCAACAAAUAUUUCAAAUGUCGAAAUGACAGUUUCAAACAUCAACGUUACAACAGUCUGUCUGCCCAGUGGUGAGAACAGUAGCUGUUGUUCUUGUGAAAAUGGAUAUGCCUGGCCAAGUGGGGUGUGCAGUGACUUGAUAACCUGUCCUCCUGUCAGCCCAGCACCUGACCUGCUCUGUGGCUACAUGAAGGAAAUGCCUUUCUACGGGCCUUACUGUGAGCCUGAGGUGGAAGGCUCAUGUGGUAUGGGAGAACCCAUCAUAAUGAAUAUGUCCGUCAGACUCGACAGAGACUUUUGUGAUGAUCUCAGGGACUCUUCUUCUGUAUUAUACAAAAACUACAAAGCUGACCUUGAAAAAGCGUUUAAUGCUAGCUACAGAUGUUUACCAGGCUUUGUAUCAGCAACAGUAACUGGUUUCAGGCCUGGAAGCAUUUUGGUGAACUACGAAGUAAAAGCAGGAGCAGCAAGCUUCGAACAGAUAGCAAAUUCAAACAAAAUUGUACCACAGUUUCUAGAUACAAGGUACCACCUAGACGAAGCUACCUUCACAACAGAAAUAAUUAAUCAGACAAUCUUCACUGUGACCCCUGCAGACUUUUUUGAAGGAGAUACAGUAAGACUAAUUUGUGAGGCAAAUUCAGCAUCUGAGAACGUGACCUGGUAUCACUUUGAUCAGAUCAUCUCAACCAGCUCCCGGUAUUCAACGGAGAGAAAAGUUUCAAGAAACUCGAAGUCAAUUCUUAAAAUUAGCAAUAUUACAAGGAAGGAUUCUGGUUCCUAUAGGUGCACUUUCAGAAACAGCGAUCCAUUUUACACGCUAAUAUACAAGGCCACAAAGACAAUAGCAGUCUCUCCGCUAAAUGUCACUUCAAACUUUAACGACAUCACUGUUAUAUGCAACAGUCCUGAAAUGCAGACGAACAGUCCUCUGCUGUCCUGUUGUAUUGACAGACACUUACCAUCACUUACUGGUGACUGGAAAGUAAACGGAGCAAUCAACAUUACAGGAGUCUCCAGUUUCAGUGGCAACUGCACUGAAUACAAGCUCAUUAUCAAUGAAUCGCUAUGCCCACCCGAGCAGUCAGGUACGGUGAUGACAUACACGUGUGAGCUGCACACCGGACACGGUGCCUGGCAUAGUCAAAACAUCAGAGUGACGUACCUCCGGGCAGCCCAUGUAACGAUAUCUUCAAGCAUCUCAUCAGUUUCUGAGGGAUAUAAAUUCAAUCUGACGUGUGAAAGUGAUGUGACCAAUUAUGAAAGUAUCAGUUGGAAAAUCUGGUCUGGAAGCAAGAUGAAAACAGUAGACUGUGAUACAUGCAUCAAAAAUACAAAAUUCCCAGCAACAUCUGUGCUCGAAGUGAAGAACGCCACACAGGACUGGAGCGGCACCUACAUCUGCACAUUCUCCCAGAAGUACUUGGAGAGUUCUGCCAAUGUGACAAUCAAGGUUAUUCCCUUGCCUUUGAAGCAGAACAUCCUGAUAGACCCCAUUGAAGCAUCUAUACAGUGCAAAGUGCAACAAGAUCUCCAGUGCUGCAUAAGUGCUAACACCAUGGAAGAUUAUUACACUGUUACAUUCGUGGUUCAACAAAAGGAAUUUCAAGUUGGGAAAAAGAGAAAAGGAAAUUUGUUGUGCUACAUGUACAGUUACACAGAAACAGAAUGCAACAAGGAGAAAGAGCUCACGGUGUAUUGCAAGUUUACUAACAGCAUUAAACAGACAGUCAACAGUGAAAAUAUAAGACUGCAGCUGAUACCUGACAAGGAAGUUUCCUGCUCAAACAGCUUGGGCAUUGGAAAAGAAGGGGCCACAUUAAAAAAGCCAUGCUGUGAUGUAGAUAAUCCAGAUAUUUUUACCCGAGGCAAUCAAGUUUACAAGUGCAUCAACAAAGUCUGGAAGUUUGAAAGGAAUAACUGCCUGUCUGAAGCAAUAAACAACCUGCUAACUAGUGCUGAGGCCUUGAUCAACAGUCCUGAGGCAAAAGCAAACCUACCUAACUACCUUGCAGAACUUAAUAAAAAGACAAGAGAGCAGCAAAACAAAACAAAAAGUUCUCCUGCAGACCUAGGUGCAAUCAUUACCAUCCUGGAUAUAGUCUCCUCCAUCCCAGCAGAUGCAAAGAUGCUCACUAUUCUCAAUUUUCUCUCCACAGUGGACUUUGUUGUUGCUGAUUCUGCAACUGAAGCUUGGGAAGACCUGAAUAAAGACAGCGUACUCAACAGUUCUUUGUUACUGCAGUCAGUAGAAAAUUUUUCCCUGCGCCUCCAACCAGUUAAUAAUACCAUUCCUUCUGUCUCUGCAAAUACCCUUCAGCUACAAGGUAUAGUUGUCACAGAAAAUACCAACACAGAUUAUAAUAAGAACUUCAGCAGUACAGAAAACCUCACAGUUAAUGUGCUCAUUAGUGAAACUGAAAUUCGGGCUCUAACACACAAUUCAACUGUUGUCAGUGUGGUGUACUCAAAGCUUGGACAUAUUUUGCCCCAGAAUGGGUCCGAGUAUGUGAAUGGUUUACUGAUAACAACAAUUAUGAGCAGCAACGGAAGCCAGAAGUUUGACAUUAAUAUGACCUUUGCAAAGAAAAACACAUCUCUAAAGAUGCCCCAGUGUGUCUUUUGGAACUUCACACUCAACGAACGUAAGGGGGGCUGGGAUACUCGUGGCUGCACAACCACAGAGCGAGGAGAUUAUGUCAUUUGCUCCUGCAAUCACUUGACAUCCUUCUCCAUUCUGAUGUCACCUGAUAAAUACUCCCAGGCAAUCUUUGAAGAUUAUAUUACCUACGUUGGCCUGGCCAUUUCAAUCUUGAGUUUGGUGGCCUGCAUUAUAAUUGAAUCCUUAGUCUGGAAAUAUGUGACAAACAACACAACCUCCUACAUGCGCCACGUCUGUAUACUCAACAUAGCUACAUCACUCCUGAUUGCUGACAUUUGGUUUGUUGUCACUGCCUCCAUCAAUGACCAAAACCAACGGAUGAGCGGAGGUAUCUGUUUUGUGGCCACCUUCUUCAUCCAUUUAUUCUACCUGUGUGUCUUCUUCUGGAUGCUCAGCCUGGGCCUCAUUCUUUUCUACAGACUGGUCUUCAUCUUACACAACACAAGUAAGACCGCCCAGAAAGCAGUGGCAUUCUGUCUGGGCUAUGGGUGCCCCUUUCUCAUUGCAGUCAUCACCCUUGUUGUCACAUUGCCAAGGAACAAUUACAUAAGAAAGGGUGUCUGCUGGCUCAACUGGAAGGAGAGCAAAGCUCUCUUGGCCUUCGUCAUACCUGCCCUGAUCAUUGUGGCCACAAAUUUGUUCAUCACUGCAGUUGUUAUAAUAAAAAUCCUAAGACCAACUAUCGGGGAUAGGUCAAACAGGCAGGAGAGGAACUCUUUGUUUCAAAUUGGCAAAAGUGUGGCCAUCUUGACACCACUGUUAGGCCUCACCUGGGGAUUUGGCCUUGCCACCGUCAUCAAAAACAGCCAUCAAGCUUUCCACAUCCUCUUUGCUCUGCUCAAUGCUUUGCAGGGAUUAUUCAUUUUGGUGUUUGGGACCCUCUGGGACAAGAAGAUACAAGAAGCCCUGCUGAAGAGGAAUUCAAUGUCCAAAUGGAGUUCACAGCAAACAAAGGGUUUAUUCAGAAGAACCUGUACAGGUAUUGCUAAAGAACUGGGAAGCAGACUUAAAAACCAGCAUGCUUAAGACCGAUGGGCACAUAACAUCAAAAGAAUUAAGGAGUCCAUUGGGGCUGAACUGUCAGCUCAGAGGAGCAGCACUGGCUCAAAUCACUCCAGCUUCCACAAACAUCACAGAAUUGCUGAAGUUGGAAAAUACCUCCAGAGAUCACCUAGUACCAGCCCCCACAACUCAGAGCAUGGUCAGCUAGAACUCAGAGGCAUGUUCAGUUGGGUUUUGAGUAGAUCCAAGGAUGGAGACUCCACAGUGUGUCUGUGCAGGCUUUUCCUGCAUUUGACCACCCUCACAGUGAAAAAGUUUCUUAAGCAGGAUUUCCUGUAUUUCUGUUUGUUCCCAGCACCUCUUGUCCUUUCACUGGGCACAAACAAUUAAAGCCUGGCUCUGUUCUCACUCCCACUGCCUCUUGUCCUUUUACUGGGCACCAAGGAGCAAAGCCUGGCUCUGUCUUUACUCCGUUCCAGUCCCAUGACCCCCAGCAUGCCCUGCCGUGUGGGAUUGUUCCUCCUCUGGGACAGGACUUGGCAUUUCCCUUUGCCAAACUUCAUAAGAUCCCUCCCAUCAUCCCACUUCUCCAGCCUGUUGAGGUCCCUCUGUAUGACAGCAGGCUCAUCUGAUCUAUCAGCCACUCCUUGCAGUUUUGUAGUAUCUGCAGACUUGCUGAGGGUGCGUUUUUCCCAUCAUCUACAACAUUAAUGAAGAUGUUAAACCAGCACUGGACCCAGCAGUGACCUCCCUGCAUGUCCCCUCCAGCAACCCGCCGACAGCCGGGAGGCAGCAGCUUGCAAUUAGCCAGGCAGAGCAGUGCUGUAAGUUUUAAGUGCCCCAAUCAUCUGUCACAUUCAGAUCUUGUGUCAGAAGGAGACGGUAAAGAUGUGGUUUCUGCUUCAUGGUUCUUCAUUUAGGAUCCCUAGAGUCGUCCACCUGGAUUUUUUAAACUGGUACUCCAAGCAUUCCAGUGUUUUCAGCAGGAGGAUUACACCUGGGAACCCAGGUCUGGGAACACUUCCUAAUAAAUUUUUAAAACACCUUGCCUUCUUUCUGGCUUGAAAAUUAUAUCUGCUAGAUGUCGUGCUAUUCUGACUUUGUGAAAAACUCCUUUUCUCCAGGAAACUGGGAGGAAGGCAGGAAUAACCGAUACAGCUAUCAUACAAUGGACACAUCCAGCAGAAUAAAGUGGAGAGAACAAGUUGUGAAGUCUUGGAUCCCAAUUCUGAAUUGCUUUUCAGACAAAAUCUCCUGUGCCAGACACUUCCAACUCUAGUUGACACUGUGGAAGCUACCCCAGGCAGUGGGAACUGGCAUAUUUCCUUGGCAGUUCUGCUGAUAAGGACUAAAUAAAGUAACAUCAAAGUCUUUGAGCAAACUUUUUAGAUGUGAUUAUUUUACCUUCUUCCACUACCACCUUAUGGUGUAGGUGACAAUGCAAAAAACUGCCUCAUUUCCCCAGCCAUAGUACAACUUAAUGAACGGAGAGGGACUGAACAGAAAAAGAUGUGCUCUCCAUACCACUUCUAAAAGCAUCUUUUGGAGGAAUCUCAUUAAAUUCUCAAACCACUCCAGAAGAGAAAAAGAAACUUCAUUUCAGCAGCAGCCUGGACUGCAGAGCUGUGUUCUGAUGCCCUCUAGUGUGUCAAGUCAAAUUUGCUUUUGAUUAUCUCAGGCUAUCGGCCUUCAAGGACCAUCCCCAAACAUAUAAAUCUUAGCUUUUCUGGCUACCUAAAUACUACCUCAUACUCCCUCAGAUAAGGGACCAGAACUCUGUGAUGCCUAAUGCAACAGACUCCAGAGCCUAAGCCAUCUUUCCUGGCCAACCAUUAGAGACGGGCUAUUUCUGUCCUGUAGCUUCUUUUAAAGUUGAUCUUCCUUCAUCACCAUCAUAAACAUGCAAAUGGGUCAACUUGAUGCCUCACCAACAUCUAACUUGUCCCUCACUGCAUUGCCUUCUCGUACCACUGAACACCAUUUUAUUGUAACCUUUUUUUCCCCCCUCCAUGUGGCUACAAAGACAGUUCUAGGCUUUUGACAA